ACAACAACAACUUCUGUGAUACACAUGGUAUGCAGAAUAUCCUUACCUGAGCUAUAAAUUGUUCAGACAACUUAAACGUUACUCUACCCAUACGAAGUAUCAAUCCUAAAUGACAGACACGUGUUCCAAAGGUGACCACGGUAAUGGACAUUACCUGUUUGUUUACAAUAGAGAGCUUGAAGGCCUAGAACGUUGUGGGACAAACGAACUCAACAAACUGGACAUUCACGACGAAGAUGUAUAUGUAAUGCAAUGUGCAUAUUGAGACAAUUAAAUGUACAUUCUCGUUACGUUACGACUUCAGGUGCAUAUGUUGAAAUGUAAAUGUACAGGUAAAGGAGUAUACUAUCUUGUAUACUUACAAGUUACAACACUGUGAUUCAUUUUCUUAUCUAAUGGAGUUCACGUUGAAGAAACUUCUAAACUCAAAAGGUGGACCACAUGGUGAUGAGACCUGGCGAUUUCUCUACCCGCUGAUGCUCGUAACUACCAUUGGUAGUGUUGUCGGUGUCUGUACCCCCUUUUGGUUUUUUGAUGAAGAGUGUGCUGAUCGUGGGCUCAUUUAUGAUUGCUGUAAGGGACAAAAUGAUACCACUUCUUGUCUUCCAGCAGUAUGGUUCUCAGCAGGACCGAUACCCGGCUUUUUGGUAGCAUCACUCGUGCUGGCGUCAGUAUCUAUAAUUGGAGCAGUUGGAGGCACUGUUUAUACUAUCAUCGUCUUCCUUAAAGGCAUCAGAUCCCAUUUUCUAUCAACAAGAUCUGUGAUUUUUGUAGGAUUUGCUAGUGGAUCUAUGAUGCUGUCGUCCUGUUCGUUGGUCUUACAAGAACUUGGUCACUAUUCUGUAGGAAAAUCCUUCUACAUAUGCCUGAUAUCAGGUGUGUUGCAGGUUAUCCCGAUUGUUGGAUUUAUGUUUUCCAAGAACCUGGUGGGUUUCUGAUUCGAUGGAUGGAACAACAAACAGAAUGAAAAUCAGCAACGCAAGGAGGAAGUACAUCCCUUUUGUUAUUUCCAGAAGUCAAGACUUUGUUUUACUUUAAAAAGAAGAUCAGUUAUGUUCUGUUCAACAAUUCAUCAUUAAAUAAUUAUUUCCAUGAA